UCUGUCUCCCAAUAGUUCCCUUGACGCCGCUGCCCCUCUCCCGGGCUACGCUGAAUACCCUCCGACGAAGCGAUAACCCUAAACCACCAAAUCCGGUGCUACUCGACGUUCGAUCCCCUGGCGAUGAAGCCGCGCAGCCGCAAGAGGGAUGACCGGCCCAAGGCCGGUAAGAAGAAGCCCAGAUCCUUCGGCGGCGACAACGGCUUCUUUGAAUCCGAUGCCAAACGGAGGGGACGAAGGCGCGGCGGCGACGAUGACGUCGAGAGCAUAGAUAGCGACGAAGACUUGGCGGGCCUUGGUGCUGGAGAGGAGGAAGUGGGGGAGGGUGCCCCCGAGGAGACUGCGGACGAGAAGCGGGUUAGGGUCGCGAAGGAGCACUUGGAGAGGAUUCGAGCUAUAGCGAAGCGGGUGGAGGAGGAAGAAGGGGAAGACGAAGACGAGGAGGAGGGACGAGAGGAGAGGGAGGGGAAAAGGGAUUCUUUGGUGGCGGAGAUUCUCCAAAAGGAGCAGCUUGAGGAAAGUGGUCGCAUCCGCAGGCUUGUCGCGUCAAGGGUUUUAAGUCCGCAACCUGUUGAUGAGUUCCGAUGGCUUGUGAAGCACCGGCAGCCUGUUACAUCUGUAGCUUUGGCUGACGAUGACUCAAGAGGGUUUUCAGCUUCCAAAGAUGGAGUCAUUAUGCACUGGGACGUUGAGAGUGGCAAAUCCGAGAAGUACUUGUGGCCUAGCGAGGAUGUUUUGGUGUCACAUUAUGCAAAGCCCCUGCAGAAUUCAGCUAGGAAGAGAAGUAAGAAUGUUUUAGCUUUGACUGUCAGCUCUGAUGGGCGAUAUUUGGCUAGUGGUGGAAUGGAUCGACAUGUCCAUUUAUGGGAUACUCGAACUCGGGAGCAUCUACAGGCAUUUCAUGGUCAUCGAGGUCCAGUCUCAUGCCUUACUUUUAGACAGGGAACUUCACAGCUUUUCUCUGGUUCCUUUGAUAGAACCAUUAAACUGUGGAAUGCUGAAGACAGAACCCACAUGGACAAUUUAUUUGGUCAUCAAAGUGAAAUUUUGACAAUUGACUGUCUACGCAGAGAACGCCUUUUGACUGCAGGACGUGACCGGACCAUGCGAUUGUGGAAGGUGCCUGAGGAAUCACAAUUGGUCUUUCGGGCUCCUGCAUCAUCUUUGGAAUGCUGCUGCUUUAUUAAUGACAGUGAGUUCUUAUCUGGCUCAGAUGAUGGAAGCAUUGAGCUCUGGAGUGUAAUGCGCAAAAAGCCUACACACUUAAUAAAAAAUGCACAUGCUCCAUCUUUAUUUUCUAAUGAUUUUUCAUAUAAAGAGGAUGAUAUCACUAUGUCCAAUGGUGGCAGUACAGAAAAUGGUUCUCAUGGAGAUGAAAACUGUUCUUCAGCCCAUGCAUGGGUUAGUUCAGUUGCUGUGUGUAGAGGUAGUGAUCUUGCUGCAUCUGGAGCUGCUAAUGGUGUGGUUCGUGUAUGGGCUAUCGACAGUGAUAGCAAAGGGAUCAGUCCAUUACUAAGUUAUCCACUGGCUGGAUUCAUCAAUUCACUUGCAUUUGCAAAAUCUGCACGCUUCCUUGUUGCUGGCGUUGGUCAGGAACCUCGCUUGGGAAGAUGGGCGCGUGUUCCAUCGGCACGAAAUGGAGUUGCAAUACACCCAAUUAAAUUAAAGGAAGAUCACACAAUGGUCUCUUAAAUGCUGGCCUUUACCAAUGGCUCAUGCAAGCAUAAAAGGAUUCUUCAGUUUUUGCUAGUAAGCGGUGCAAGUUACAGUGUUUUUCAGAGAGUUGAUAAACUUUCCUCUGCUCACAUAUAUUUCUUAUGUAACAAUUGAUUACACAACUUGCCCUUUUGAUUGAUUUCACCUCAGUGUCUCGAGCAUUAGCAAAUACAGAUGGCGUAAAGCCAAUGAGUCCAUGUAUUCCUGUAGCAGCUCAUUUUGUAUGACAAUUCUUUUUUCCAUGGAAAGAUUUGUGCAGUUUUGAGCU